AUGGCACCAAUGCUGUUCAACAUCUACACAAAUGACCAACCGAUAGGAACAGUAACACGAUAUUUUAUAUACGCAGACGACCUGGCAUUAACGGCACAAAGAAAGAAGUUUGAAGAAAUCGAAGAAAGGCUGGAAGAUACCCUAAAAGAGCUAACAAUAUACUACCAAAACGACCGACUAAAACCAAACCCGUCGAAAACCCAAGUAUGCGUUUUUGAUCUUAAGAACCGAGAAGCAAAAAUAAAUCUGCAUAUCAACUGGAAUAACGAAAUACUACAACACAAUGACAACCCUAAAUAUCUAGUUUAUUUGGAUAGAAGUCUUACAUAA